AUCCAUCCAUCCAUCCAUCCAUCCAUCCAACCGUUCAAUCAAUCCAUCCACCUAACCUUCCUUUCCUCUCUCCUUUACGCCUAAGGAUUAGCAAAGCAAAUGCGCAUUGAAUAUUUUUAAGAUUUAUUCACAAGAAUCUCUAAAUUUUCGUCCAGUUAUCUGCUUACAAGCAUUCAAAAGUCUAUUGUAAAACAACUUAACAAACACCUUAUAUUCUAUUCUUUCUAUUAGAAAGACUUUUCGAGUUUUAGGAGAUGGUUAUUUUAUUGACAUUUCUUUUUAAUAUCCUAUACCGAAGAGAAGAUGCGAGGCAAGUUUUUGUAGCUAGUAAGAAAAGGGUAAAACGAUACGAAAGAAGAGAGGAGGAGGAGAAGGAGGAGGGACUAUAAGCAGUUACAGUAUGCUUGAUAUAUGAUUGAUUGAGUGAAUGGUUCUUAGAGAGUUAAAGAAGGAUUGUAUAAAUAUAUAAUGCGCAUAUUAAUCAUUUCAACUUGUUUUCUAACCUAGAAUUCAAAAAUUGAAGUUCUCCUUUGUUGCAAUUGAAUUUUAAAUUUUUCGAUUGUUGUAUAUAUUAUGUAAAUGAAGAAAAUGAUCCUUAUAGAGAUACAUAAAAUUGAACAGUUUUACUUUAUUCUUCAUUUCCUAUCAUAAAAUGUUGUUGAAAACAUGCUCGAAGAGUGCGCUCUAAUUACAGCAUAUACUAAUAUAAGUGUAUAUACGUGUGCAUGUGUCUGCUAACGUUGCAAUAUUUCCUAUAGAUAUUUAAACACUUGUUUAAAAGUUCUCUUUAGGCUUCUCAUUUCUCUCUUCUUACUGUCUGUCCGUCUGUCUGUCUCUGCUCCUCGCUUUUUUCUCUCUUCUCUCACUCUCACCGUCUCUCUCUCUCUCUCUCUCUCCUAUUUUCUUUUUUGUCUUUUCCAUCUCCAUUUCAAUGUUCUGAAAGAAAAGUAAUUUGCAAUUAUUGCUAUACUAGGCCUAUUCAAGGGUAUUCUAAGUUUCAAAUUACUCCAGACCUUCACGGCAAACAUUUACAUCUUUAGGGGCUUCCAGGCUGAUUAUAAUGCGUACAUUAAACGAAUAUUGAAGAGUAUUACAAAGCUAUCAAAAUACAUUUCAAUAGUUUUAAUAACUUUAAUAAUUUGUAAUUAAGACUAAUUACGUUUUCAUUCAUUCUUCUCUCCACCCAUCCACCUAUCCAUCCAUCUUGUCGUUGGUUCAUUCAUUCAUUCAACUAUGUUUUUUUUCUCCAUUUCAGUGGAAUUUGGUUUGCGGGAGGAAUUACUUGCCAGAAAUAUCUAAUACUUUCUUUAAUGUUGGUGUUAUGAUUGGAGCAGUAGCAUUUGGAUUUUUAUCCGAUAAAUUUGGGAGAAAGAAAAGUUUCAUUUUUGCUCUUGUUACGCAAGGCAUUGUUGGAUCAUUGACAGCAUUAUCUCCCAAUUUCUACGUUUUUACAUUUCUUAGAUUCUUUGUUGGAAUGUUGGAGCAGGGUGUUAAUAUCACUGGUUUCAUUAUGGCUACAGAACUAUUCCCCCCAAAGCAGAGAACAAUUUUCGGAGUAGCGCACGAAUUCUUUUGGGCGGUGGGCGGGUGCAUGGUACCACUUUUUGCGUACUUUUUGAGAGACUGGAAAAGUUUACAAACAUGUAUAAGUUUGCCAGCAGUCCUUGGUAUAUGCCUUUGGUGGUUUCUACCCGAAUCCGUUGUGUGGCUCGUUUCUCAAGGUAAAGUCAAAGAAGCGGAGAAAAUUCUAGAAAAGGCUGCUAAAAUAAAUAGACGACCGUUACCUGCCGAUUGUUUGUCGGAUUCCGAUAAACAACCACUUAUGAAUGGAAAAGAAGACGAGAAUAAAAAAUCAACAAAAGAAAGAAAAACAUACACGAUAAUUGAUCUAUUUAGAACGAAAAACCUAAGAAAAAUAACAUUUUGCGUCAACGGAAUUUGGCUUGUCAAUACAAUGGUUUAUUACGGAGUUUGUUUUCAUUUUCCUAAUUUAUACGGAGAUCUAUACAUCAAUUUUGCUCUUGGAGGUUUGGUUGAAAUUCCAUCAGUAGCCGUAACUCUAUUUCUCUUAUACAAAGUUGGACGAAGAUGGCCCCUUUGUCUGAUGCAAAUAGUUGGCGGUAUAAUGUGCAUUAUAAUACCUUUUAUACCCAAAAAAUCAGGGACUGUUGCCUAUAUUCCUGUUGCUUUGGCCGUCGUUGUUAGAUUCUGUUUUAAUGGGUCUUUUACCGUAAUCUACGUUUAUGGACCAGAAAUUUAUCCGACAGUUUGCCGGAAUACAGGCGCUGGCUUAGCUUCUUCGUCUGGCAGGAUAGGAGGCAUAUUGUACCCUUUUAUAGGCUAUAUGUCGAAAUUGAAUGCCGGAAAGCUGAUAGGUCCCGAUCUACCGCUAUUUGUCUACGGAGUCCUAUCAAUUAUAUGCUCUUUGCUAGCUUUACCUUUACCGGAAACAAAGAACAAACCGUUACCAGACACCAUAGAAGAUGUUGAGAAUUACGAAGAUUUUUGUAGACGACAUUCAAACAUUCAGAAGCUAAACAGGGAAGAAUUAUCCUCAUCCGCCGAAGGCGGAGGGAAUCAAGAAACAAAAAUUUAAGGCAAGGAUACUAAAAAUGAACUGUUGUGAGAUUAAAUUUUUUUUUAUCUAAUCAUAGGCGUAUUUUAUGUUAAUAUCAAUGUAAAUAGGUGAAAUUCGAAAGAAACAUUUCCUGAUUCAGAACGAUUUUCAUUAAAAAUUAAGAAUUAGAUGGAUAUCGAAAGAGAGAAAGAAAGAGAGAUAGCUGUAGAGAUAGAAAACGAGAGAGAGAGAGAGAGAGAGAGAGAGUGAAUGGGUGACUGAGAAAGAGAAAUACGUAUAUUAUUAUUUGCUGUAACUGUUAAAUAAAAAGAUAAAAGCUGGCAGGCGAACAGACUGAAAGUAAAAACAAAAAACAAGAAGAGAAAGAUAUAGAUAGAGAGAAAGUGAGAAAGGAAGAAACAAACAAUUAUUAUUUGUUCUCUUUUAUUGAACUAAAUUAACAAGGUAGCUUAAUGAGUGAAAUCCCUUUACUAUGCUUCCUUAAGUUUACUAUACCUCUAAACUUUCUACCUUCCUUUCCUUUUUUUUCGCUUUUCCUAUGCUAAAAAGUUGAUUAAAGAUAGUAUGAAUAAAAGAAAAGGAAUAAGAAUAAAAUUAUUACAACUGCUUAACGGCUUAACUUUGAAAAGCGUUGAAUUUUUUCUCAUAAUCAAUUAACAGGACUUUGUAUAUUAGAAAUUUCUUCUCAAUCGUUACUUGUUAAGGAAACAAAUAUAUUUUGCUUUUCAUUGUUUUCUUUCUUUCUCUCUCUCUCUCUCUCUUCUUUCUUUUAGUUUUUUAAUUGGUUAGAUAUACAAAAUGCAAGGAAAAGAAAUGAGUAUAUGAUUUUCUAUAUGUAAAUUUGUAAAACUUGCAAUACUUUUAAUUUCUUUCGAUCUUCUCUUACGUUCGUCCCAACUCCUUUACAAAGUAUAAAUCCUAUUUUCUGUAUAUAUAUGCAUGUAUGUAUUGUUUGGCUACUAUUGAACUUUCCGUGUCGGUUUCAAGCGUUGCUGUUAAAUUUGUAUACUAGAGUAUAUAUAUACAGGAUAUACAGUAUAUAUGUAUUCUACAUGUCUAAUAAUUGUUAUUACAUGUUCUCGUACAAGGAAAGAUUAGAAUUCUGAAGAAUAAUUCUAUAUAACAUAAGACAUACAGUGUACAGUAUGUACGUGUAGUAUAUUAUAAAAAUCUAAAUGUAUCUAUAUAUAUAUAUAUAUAUACAGUAUAUAUAGAUAGUCAAUAUACGUUCUAUUGUUUAUUAAUGUAUUACAUUAAAAAGUAAAACAAACUACAGUAUUUGUAUUUUAUUAAGUGUUCUCUUCAUCUUUCUCUUUGGCUAGAAAUCUGUGCCUAUAUUUAUUACUAUUGCAACAUUUCUCUAGUUCUCUUACCAACAUUCCAACAGAAUCUUGACUAAUGGUCGUAUUGAGUUGGUCUUAUUCGAUGAUUUUCACAGGCAAUGGUUGAGAAUAGCUACCACAUGCCUAAUAAGGUACAUGUUUGAAGAUUGGCAAUGUCACAGCAGGAUGUUACUGACUAAUUUGUUUUCAUGCUCUCUUUAUUCUUCCUCGUUGUCAUCAUCUUUACCGUCGAUAUACAAGUCAUUGUCUCUCACUCUCUUACUCAAACACACACACACACACAGUUUACCCGCUUCCCCUUCCCUCUAUCUCUCCAUCUCCCUCCACCCGUCUCGUCUCGUGUCGUCUUGACAAUUUUUAUUUAAAGUAACUUAUGGAAAAAAGAGCGAUUUAAAAAAGUUUUAAUUAAAGAGAUGAUUGAAAAGCAAGAUUUGUUUUAAAGCGCAUAUCUAAGAAACUAAUAUAUAUUGUAUAUAUAAAUAUAUAUAUAGUAUAAAUGAUAAAGAACAAGUGAUUGUCUUAAUAAGAGUAGAAUGUUUAUUAUUAUUGACAAUCGUUUGUUCAUAUAGGAAACGGAUAUCCUUAAAACUCCUUGAAUUACUACUAAAAAUUAACCUCAGACAACCUGAAUAUUCUUUCAAAGCAGGGUUUUUUUUUCAUUUGAAACAACAAUAGAACAGUAUAGUACUUUUUACUUAUCUCUCUUUUGUUACUUUAAUCAGAACUUUAAAAAAAUCCCUGCCUCUGCUUACUUAUCUAUACAUUCAUUAUCGCACCUUCGAUGAGUAUAAUUAAAAACAAGCAAACAUUAUACCACAGGGAUACAGUGGAGAACUACCGAGGAGUAAGGCCGAGAGAGAAGGAGGGGAUGGAGGGAAAGAGAUAUUAAAAUGAUAAAAUAUUGGUAAAAAGAGACAGGGAAGAAGGGGAGAGGAAAAGGAAAAACAUCAAUGUUUGUAGACUAGUAAAAUACUAUUAAAGAUAUAAAAGAUUAACUGAGAGAAAAGCGAAAAUGUAAUGCGAUUAGAGAAAUUAUUAAAUGUUCAAUGUUAAUUAUAGAAAGUAAACAAGAGACUAAGAUAAAAACUGUUUGCAAUGUUUAUAUUGAGAGUAUAUAAUACUUUAGACGAUGUAUAUAGUCAAAAUUACAGUGUUGUAGCUUAUUAUAUUGGUUAAAUGUUUGAAGAAAACAGCGAAGAAAAGAGUAAAAAGAAAAAGAAAAGAAAGAAAAGAAGAAGAAAAAUAACUCGUAUGCAAACAGUUCCUUUCUUUUCGUUUUUCCCUCUUUUCUAACCGUAUAUAACGUGUACAUUUUAUACACAAUUGUACGACUUUUACAGGGCUUAUAGAAUUUCCCUCUACACCCAUCCACCCAUUUGCUGCCUGCACCUCAAGUAUACAUAUACAGUAUAUAUAUUUGUACAUAUUCAUUAUCAUAUAGGCAGUAUAUAAUAUGUAAAAGUUGAAAGAGAAGAACAACUAGGUAAGUGUUAAAUUGAUGAAUAAAAGUGUUCCCGUCGGUUUUAUGGCAGGUGUAGAGAGAGAGUGAGACAAGAGACUGAGGACAAACUCUCAAGUUAUGUUGUAUAAAAGAUAAUAAUAAAGAAAAAAAGUUGGAAUUAUUGACUCCGGUUUUUCUUUGUUGUUUGUAAUAUUUUUUUUCUUUAACCUUUCCUAUAAAAUAUUUGUAAACGACAAAUUUGUAAUUUAAUAUCCUAGCACGAAUUUGCACUGAAACUGGGUCAUUCGCAAGGCAACUAGGCUAAAUAAGCCCCUUUAUAUCGUUUGAACUUUCUUCCAGUUUAAUGACGCUUUUCAAUGGGUACAGGAACAUUAUAGAAAGUAAACAGUUGCCACUCGGUUCUUUCGAGGAUUCCCUAUUAAUUACAACCUUUUCAAAAGACUUUUCACAACAAGAUUCUCGUUAUCUUUCCUUAAAAACUUUUCUUUUUCACAAAGAAGAAGAAUAAGAACAAGAACACGAAGAAUAAGAAAAACAGGCGGAAACUGAAAAAGAAGGUGAAGUAGAAAGAAAAGAAAGGGAAAAUGAAAAGAACAUCCACAUCAACAAUAACAACAACAAACAACAAUAAAGAUAACAAGUAAAAUGAAGCAACAGAAGCAAAUAAACAAACUGCCAUUAAAUCAUCUAUUUACAAGAUUAUUUACAUUUCAAAAUCCACUUGAUAUUCGUAAAUUUUCUCUUCAAAAACUAUAAAAACACUUGAUAAAAAUAUCUGUCUAAAUUCUUUGUCUCUUUUUUCUGUCUACACUAUUUGCAUGAUUAACAGCCGCAGUCUAUCCGCCUCCUCCUCCACCUCCUUCUCCUCCCUCCCUCUCUCUCUCUCUCUCUCUCUCU